UUGAGGUUUGUUUAGGUAUUUUUGGAAGUAAAUAACUAUAAGAAAAAAAAGACAACAGAGAUAUUUAUCUGUCUGUUUCUUGUUCAAUCGUUGAAUUGAAGAGACUAAAAAAGGUAAAAAGAAAAGAAAAGCUUGGAUUUUUAAUUUCUCAGGGAGGAAGAAGAAGAAGAAAGAAGAGAGAGGUUGCAGAGAGAUAGAGAGGAAGUCUUCGCAAGGAGAGAGCUUUGACUCUCCUUCUUCUCUCUUCCUCUUUCUCAUUGUUUCUUUUUAUAUCAUUUCAUUCUCACACAUUGAAUCACAUUUCAGCUGAAAAUUUACAAAACCCUUUUCAUUUGUCUCAACAUUCUUUAACAUUUUUCAUUGCCACGAGAUUCUGGGUUUCUUUUUUUUUCUUUGAAGGAAACUUGGACCAGAGCGAGUUGUUGGUUGUUUAACGUUGUGUUUUAAUUCAUGGGAAAUUGCUGUGCUACCACCGGUCCUCUAGUGGAUACUAAUAGUAAUAAAAAAAAGGGGAAAAAGAACAAAGCUAUUCCAUAUUCUGCAGAUGAAUAUGGUGUCACCCAUGGAUCUACUACGUUCAAGCUGCAGGUUUUAAACGAACUCACUGGCCGUGACAUUUCAGCUCAAUAUGAUCUAGGCCGUGAGAUGGGUCGUGGCGAAUUCGGUGUAACAUAUUUGUGUACUGAUCCCAACUCAGGUGAAAAAUUUGCUUGUAAAUCCAUAUCCAAGAAGAAACUUAGGACUGCAGUGGAUAUCGAGGAUGUGAGGAGGGAAGUACAGAUAAUGAAGCACUUGCCUAAGCAUCCUAAUGUGGUUACAUUGAAGGAUACUUUUGAGGAUGAUGAUGCUGUGCACAUUGUAAUGGAAUUGUGCGAGGGAGGGGAGUUGUUUGAUAGGAUUGUUGCAAGGGGACACUACACUGAACGAGCAGCUGCUGGGGUCAUGAAGACCAUUGUCGAAGUUGUUCAGAUGUGUCAUAAACAUGGAGUCAUGCAUCGAGAUCUCAAACCAGAAAAUUUUCUAUUUGCAAACAAGAAGGAAGCUUCCCCCUUGAAGGCAAUUGAUUUUGGGUUGUCAGUCUUCUUUAAACCUGGUGAACUGUUCAAUGAGAUUGUGGGAAGUCCAUAUUAUAUGGCUCCAGAGGUUCUUAAACGUAAUUAUGGCCCUGAGGUUGAUGUUUGGAGUGCCGGAGUUAUCCUUUAUAUUUUAGUUUGUGGUGUCCCACCAUUCUGGGCAGAGACUGAGCAGGGAGUGGCGGAGGCAAUUAUUCGCUCUGUUAUUGACUUCAAGAGGGACCCAUGGCCUAAGGUUUCUGACAAUGCAAAGGACCUUGUAAGGAAGAUGCUUAAUCCUGAUCCAAAGAAACGGCUUACUGCUCAGGAAGUGCUCGAACAUCCGUGGUUACAACAUGCCAAGAAAGUUCCCAAUGUACCAUUGGGUGAGACUGUGAAAGCUAGGCUUAAACAGUUUUCAGUAAUGAACAAGCUUAAGAAGAGAGCUCUAAGGGUGAUUGCUGAGCAUUUGUCUGUGGAGGAAGUAGCUGAUAUAAAGGAGACAUUUGACAUGAUGGACACCAAACAACGAGGCAAAAUAACCCUCGAGGAGCUUAAGGCAGGAUUGCAAAAGCUUGGCCAGCAGAUUCCUGAUGCAGAUUUGCAGAUCCUAGUGGGAGCUGCUGGUGGUGAUGGUGAUGGGACUCUGAAUUAUGGAGAGUUUGUAGCAGUUUCGGUUCACCUCAGGAAAAUGGCGAAUGAUGAACACUUACAUAAAGCUUUUGCCUUCUUGGAUCUAAAUAAAAGUGGGUAUUUAGAGAAAGAAGAUUUGCGAGAUGCCUUAAAUGAUGAAGUUGACCCCUGUAGUGAAGAAGUUAUCAAUGCCAUUAUGCAUGAUGUGGACACUAACAAGGACGGGCGCAUAAGUUAUGAGGAGUUUGCUGCAAUGAUGAAAGCCGGUACGGAUUGGAGAAAAGCAUCAAGACAAUAUUCACGAGAAAGAUUUAACAGUCUAAGCAUGAAGUUGAUGCAGGUAGUGGCCACUUGAACAAAGGAACAAAUGUUGGCAUAGAAAGAGAGAAGAAAGGAUUUUUGGUUGGAAAAAUUGUUGUCAAUUUUUUUUUCUUUUGUGAAAUUAAAUUUGGGACGGAACAUAAAGUAGGGUUAGAUUGAUGUAUGAAUAGCCAAGAUUUGUGAUGAGUGAGUCGCAGAAGAGGAAUAAAAUGAAGCGUUUUACAA